UAGCGAAAGGCGGAAGCGCUGCGCCAAGGGGACCAAGCGACGGCAGCUCCGUACAGCCCGCCUAGUCAGCAAUGACAUCGAUGCCGCGGUGUCAAUCGUCAAUUCUGAUCUUGUUGGCCAAGCUUCAAGCCAGAGAAACAUGACAAGUGUGACCUCUGCUGGUCUAUCCGGGGCCAUGCAGUCUUUGAGCGAGACUGUCUUCAUGGCUUCAAUUAGCCAGUGGCUCUCAUGGGGUGCGUCAGUGGCCAUGAUCUUUGGUGGAGUUGUUCCUUACAUUCCCCAAUACCGGGAGAUCAAGAAGACUAGAAAUACAGAUGGCUUUUCAACCUGGGUCUGUCUAGCACUGUUGGUGGCCAACACCUUAAGGAUACUAUUUUGGUUUGGACGUCCUUUCGAGCUUCCAUUGUUGGUCCAGAGUGUUGUUAUGUCUGCCAGUAUGUUCCUUAUGCUCCGACUUUGUGUGAAGACACGCAACCUUAGUACCAUCGUGCCUCAGCCAAGGCACGCAUUUGCAGAAAAACCAAGUGAAAACCCUGCCUGCCUCCAGAUGGUGGAUGUGGCCAUUCGAGACCUCACCCUCUGGGAUUCUCCAUGGCGUCACUUUUGGGCAUGGACAGACUUCCUGAGUUAUGUAGAAUUCAUGGCCACCUUUGCACUCUGCUCGGGGUCCCUCUUGUACCUGCUGCUUGAUGUAGAGAUCGUGGUUGAGGCUGUAGGCUUCGUAGCUUUACUCACUGAAGCUCUUCUAGGGCUGCCUCAAUUCUGGCGUAAUAUGCGGAACCAGUCUACUCAUGGCAUGAGCAACCAGAUGGUGCUCAUGUGGACUAUGGGUGAUGUUUUUAAGACUGUCUACUUCAUUAUGCGGUCAGCGCCAUUCCAGUUCUGGGUUUGUGGCAGCCUUCAGGUAUCCCUCGAUAUUGCCAUCCUGAUACAGGUGGCAUGGUAUAAAUACAAACCAGCAUCCUCAAAGGUUCUCAAACGCAGCAGUCAUAUCAGCUGACGAUGGCUGGUUAGAGAUGGUGCUCAUGUGUUUGUGACCUUAGUCUUUACUACAGUGGGCUUUUUGUGACUGAAAUGCAUUUGUCUGCACUUUGUUUGAUAUUGAGUUAUGAUUAUAUAUAUCACACUUUCCUUAGCCUCCUUCAUGCCAAAAAUAUGUGGAGCAAGCAUCAAAAUGCUUUUGUUAUCUUUUGACAAGCAGCAUCCUGUGUUUUUUUAAUAUGUAUUUGUAUGAUAUAAUUCCCCCCAGACAUUAUUAUCAAAUGCAAGCUGCAUAAAGAAAUAUGUAGGUAAAUGACAAGCUGGCUGUCAGAGUUCAUGUCGCAGCAAGCUAAAAUUGCAUUAUUCAGAUGAAUACUUUACUAGAUUAUUUAUGGCUUUUUUUUUUCCACUUCAGUGUUGUCUUUCAUGUAGCCUUUUAUGAAGUAGUGCACAUACAUCUCAUGUUAUGUUUUUUUGUGAGUUGUGAGGUUGGACAGUUGAUCUCAAAAAGUGGAUGAACAUUUCAUGCAGAAAGAGGGGCCUGUCUGCUAAUUGAGCACUUCAUGCAGAAACCUCACUAGGGAGCUUCCAUAAGCACACAGGGUCACCUUAUAUGCAUCCAGCUGUUUGUCUCUAUUGAAAUGUGGAUGCCUUGCUAUGCUUGCUGAAAAGGUGGCUUAAGAGAAUUAGUGCCUUACACUUUAGUGCUCUGUGGGAAGCUCGACAUAAAUGUUGCUAGGGCCCAGUUGUGAAUUUCCUGUAGUUGUUUGUUGGUUAAAAAUAUGUACUGUUGCACUCGAGGUCUGUUUUUGCAGACGUCCUUUAACACAGCAACUUCAGUUUGAUACCAUUAUCAUUCUUUAUAAAUUUGCUUGUUCUCUUCAAGAAAGAUUAAGUUUGAAAAGCCUGGAAACCAUGCUGAUCUGUUUGGCUUGUUGUUUUGCUAAGUAUAUAGUAUAUAACAAAAACAUUUUGUUAUAUGCUUUUAUAUCAUAGUAUAUGUAUUAUAUAGUGGUUCUAUAUACAGGUAGUGAAUUCUGUAUUGAAGAUGCUUGUUUUACCUUCUUUAUGUCUAGUUGUAGAUCCUUGUGAUGCCGACCUUCAUAGAUACCAGUAAAUCAGCUUUUAGCGUAAGGUUUAUGUGGAGUGACUCUACGCUUUCAUAAUUACACACAGCUUUAUGUGGUGCUAGCGUGAGCCCUUUAGCCUGGACCGUACAGUGCCUAAUCUUGUUUUGCAUAUCAUACAGCCUAGUUAAAGCCCCUGCUCUGCAAAGUACAUUGAAAAUAUUCUUUUAUGAAUGAAAUGUUUGGUGAGUGAUGGAUUGCUUACCCCUAUAUUCAGAAAUGCCCCUUGACUUGAACUUGACUUGCCACUGCCUUUUUUGCAGCACAAAUGCACUUCAAAAAUGCUGUAUUGAAAGUGCUGGCAAGUUAAAUUCAUGUCAAGGAGCUUUUCUGAAUACGGGGGUUUAUAAGCAAUUGCACAUUAGUUAUAAAAUAAAAUUUCAUACUAAAUGUGAAAUGCCCUGACAGAUAAUAUAUAUCAGGUAAGCAGUUAUGCCAACACAGCACAGGUAGUUUCGCAAAGUAUUUUGGCAGGUGCUUAGGGGAAUUUUCAUGUGAUACCAUACCAUGCACUCAUAUCUUAUUAUAUUGACAUAGAACGUUCUAUAUCCACGUUUAAAAUUAAAGGGGUUUUAUAACACUUUUUGAGCUAUGUCAGAAAAUGCUGCCAAUUGAAAGUCAAGGCUCCUGCAAACAUGCAGUUCAAACAUUAUGCAGCACACGGUAUGGAAUUCACAAUAAAUUUUUUUAGUCAGCUAUAAAUAGCUCACUCUUCUCUUGACAAGUGAUGCCAUAAGCUCAAUUUGGCUUAUGACACUGAUUUGGAUUAUAGUCAUUGGCUGGUUUGAGCACCAUGAGCUGCGUAGUUACUACAGCUAUUUCGUGACAUUGUAAUAUGCCCGAGCCAAGCUCUGUAGUGGUAGAAUUGGACACAAUAUAGGGUCUCAUGGUCAUACUGAAAGGGUGCCACACAUUUUUUACACACACAAAAAAACUCAAGUUCAUAGCAUGUGCUCACAUAUGGGACCUAGCUUGUCUCCCUCUUGUAGCAGACCCCUUCCCCCCCCCCCCCCCCGCUCAUUGGGACGAUAAGUGGGGAUAAGAACUGAAAGCAUGUGGCAAAUCCCUAUGAAUUUGCUUGUGCUUAACAAAUUCUAAUCAUUUUCAUGAGCCAAUUCAUGAGCCAAUAAACUCGGAGAGUGAGGUCAUUUUGUGAUUACUUCGAAAAGUGUUGGAGGGCCUCUUUAAGGUACUUCGUCCUGGCAGUCACUAUGGUAAACUUGUCAGGACAACAGCUAAAUUCACUGAGCAUUGCGUUUCCCACCUGUUCGCUAAGCUAGCUAGCUGUCUUCAGGGCUGAACUCUUAAGCAGCGGUUCUCAGCCAUGGAUAUUUCAGGGACCCUUUGUAAACCAGUGGAACCGAUGGGGGACUCCUUGCAGUAAAAGAGAGGAGGGGAGAGUUAUAAAUUAAUGCUACGUACUGCAUGAAAUAGGCACAUUUUAUUUUCACAUGGAAUAGAAUGGUCAAACAAAACUGCCGCAUCAAUUUGAUCUCAACACUUUAAUAAGUUGUGCUGUCUGCAACGACAUUCGACCUCUGUCUAGCUAUGUUUGGUGUUCAAAUAUGCAAGCCGAGAAAAAGCAUGAUCGCAUGCAUAUGUCGCAAAAAACUAACAAAAUCUUUACAGUCAUCUCAUUGAGAAGGAUAAACGUGUCAGAUCCUCGGUAAUGCAAACUUGUUAUGCAGUAAAACAUAUUAAAAAAAUCGGAAGGGGCUGCUGCCACUAGACAUGUCACGAGGCUCAUGAGUGUUGUGGGCCACCAAAAAUGGCUGAACAGGCCCUUAAUCUGAGAACGGCUGCUAUAAAAUGCAGGAACUUUAAAAUUUGUCUUAUUGGAAGUUCAGUGUCAGCUAAUAUGUGGAAAUAAAUAAAUAUUCCCAAAGGAUUUCAUCACUAGAAAAUCGGCUUUUACAGUGUACUAUACUUUUAAACUACUAUAGUGACAAACAGGUAAAAUUGUAUGCCAAAGUGAGAAAGCUUAAUUACAGGGCAAGAAAAUGCGUAGGCAGGAAAGCUAUAAAUUAUGGUGAAAGUUAUCCCAGGUACUGUUUUUUUGUGCAUUUUCAUAUUUUAGUUUUUGUUUUUCUCUGCUCUUAAACUGAAGUAUUGUAUGCAAGUUGCCUAGCAAUGUAUAUAAAUGUGGAGGUGUCUAGAUUGUCUUCUUUUUUUUUUGGUUCACUUUCUUGAGGUGCACUGUGAAACUGCUCAGACUUUUGCAAAAUGAAGUGCUGUUUCAGCUUCAAUACAUGACUUGUGAGCAUCUUGUAACUAUGGUGGUACGAAAAUGAACUUUGGACUCUUAGCACAGUAAUGUAGCAAAGUCUUCUGCAUUUGUUGUCAAGUGUGGGUUUGUGCUUCAUUUUGGACAAGAUUGUGCUUCAUUGUUAUACAGUCGAUCCCGGAUAUGUCGAACUCAGAGGAGAUUGCUAAAUAGUUCAAUAUAUCGAUAAUUCGAAAUGCAGGAUAUGUCUAUUUAAGAGUUGCCUUGUAACGGUGCGUGUUUCGGAGCGGUUUCCAGAGUUUGUUCCUGGCAGGAGCUUGCCUAUUUGCGGGGAAUAUUUAACAAAAAAGCACGAGAACAAUUACACUUUAUUUGGCAUGAAAGAAGUCCGUGACUUUAGAUUGCCUCUUAAUUUUUAGCCAUGAAAUUCAUAAGGCCAUUCUCAAUAUUGUUCAGCCUCUUCAGAUAGUCUAGUCCUGUGCCUUUGAUAGCGCCACAGUAGCAGCGAGUGAGGCUGAAUUCCGACGAAGGUUUUGCAGCGAUGCACAGUUGCUUCGACGCAUCGUCGGCAUCAUCAUCGCUGCUCAGGUCCGCUGCAUCGACACCGGCGACAUCGGACACAAUUUUCGCAUCGGUGCGGUCUGAAAUGGCUUGCACCUCACCAUCAGCAUUGAUGAAAUCGGUCACUGUGGCCCCAUCAGCGAUGGCACCCGUGAACGCAGAGAGCUGGCCGAAGUCGUCGCCGAGGCAUUAUAGGUCGUUGGCUGCUGUCAUAUCGCUCCCAAGGUGGUCAGGGGAUUCUAAUAGGCCAGCUUUACUAAAGCAGUUUACGACUGUGGUUUUCUUCACAUUGUUCCAUGCUCGAGUCAUUAUUUGAAUCGUUCUGAGCAGGUUGAUUUUCAGUUCGACCUCCAAACGAAGGUUGAUCAGGAGCCGUUGCACCAGAUGUCGCCUGUAUCCUAUCUUAAGUGCUUUGAUAAUGCCUUGGUCAAAAGGCUGUAACCUUGCCAUGGUGUUGAGUGUCAAAAACUUGAUAGUGAUUCUUUUCAAGUGGCUAACAACGUGGUGUGGAGAACAAUUGUCUACAAGAAGACAAAUGUUGCGAUCUGCCUUCUCCAAUUUGGCACCCACAAGCGCGGAUUGACUCAGAGAAAAGGUCCCGUGUCAUACACACGCUUUUUUAUUAAAAGCGUAUCGGACCGGGAGGCUCUUCGGUUUCUUGAAGCAGCGCAGCAACUUGCUCUUGCCGAUAAAAAACGGCCGCAGCUUACAAGAACCAUCCAAGUUCACUGCAAGCAGAAUUGAAACGCACACUUUGCUCAUCUUACCCCCAUGACAGGAAGACCCCUUCAAGUCCAACGUCUUGUUCGUCAACAUCGGCCAGAACAGCGCCGUUUUAUCGGCGUUGAAAAUAUCUAACGGCGAAAAGCUGUCGUGAAUUUUCGGCCAUUUUUGGACAGCCACUUUUUUGUAUCCUGGCUGUUUGUCGCUCUACUUUCGCCGGACAAGGUUUUUUUAAUGAUGACGUAACGGUUUUUUAAGCAUUUUGCCAGCUGGUGCCACCAAUGAAAUCAUCGACCCUCAAGACCACAGCAAACCAUUUCGCUUUCUCCAUCAACAUCGGUCCGUUAAUAGGGAUAUUUUUUGCCCGAGUUUUCAAAAAGCAGGCGUAUAGUACCUUCUCAACUUUGUCGUACUCCUGAGUACCUUCUCAACUUUGUCGUAUGCAGGAGUACGCACGUGAUAAGCUUAAGAAUGGCACGACUGGGCAGCCUAUGCCUUUACAUCGACUUCGUUCUUCAAUAUCGUGCUUAACGUGCUUCGAGAAAUGCCGAAUGCUUCUGCGACCAAUGACUUCUUUUCGCCAGCCUCCACACGCCGAAUGAUGUUGGUUUUUGAUAGCCAAGUCUAAGUUCUUCUGUUUUUCACGUCCAUGGUCACCAGCAUCAGCAGAUAUCGUGCACACCGUGAUCACAAGUCGGAAGCGUGAAAGCGGCGAAAGCUACACACAAACAAAGCAACAAGGGCAACUGGAAAUAGUGGCUGAAUCUGUUAAAACCAGCCAGAACAUGAUUCAAAACAUGCUCUCGGCGAUGGUGAUGGCACUUAGGCUUUCACAGCACGCAGCUGCAACAUUUGUAAAAACAUAGAACGAGGAAAAAAGCCGCCAGAGAUAUAUAGUUCGCAAAGGCAUGGCCUUCGAGAUUGGAAAUACCCACGAGGUGCAGGUGAGAACAGAUAUUGAAGGCUAUGCUUUUGGCUAUUGCAUGUUCGAAUGCAUGAAAGCGGAAAUAGUUUCGACGCGCACGCACAAAGAGGGUUCUUAAUUUUUUCGUUGCAUGACUGAAUUGUCAGGGCACUAGUGCAGCGAAGCGUUCGAUAUAUCGAAUGCGCCAGCAUAUGAUAGUUUGAUAUGCAUGCACAUGUUUCCUAUACUUUUACAUAGGAUUUUCAAGGAGAUUUUUUGUCUGUUCGAUAUAGCCAAUACGAUAUAUCUGAGUUCGAUAUACCCGUGAUCGACUGUACAUAUCAAUGCAAUGACUGUACCUCAUUUCGUACAUAGCAGGCAGUGCAGAAGUGGCACUUAUAGUGGAGUUAUGGACGACUCCUUCCAUCUGCUGACAGGGUACUUUUUUUUUUCAUCUGCAACUCUGUGUACGAAAUUUUGGCUUGAUAUAGCAGUGCAGUUUGGUGUUACAUCAAAUCACACGUUAUGUAUUUGUAGUCCUUUGCGUGUGACUUAUUUGCACUGUUUUCACUACCAAAACCACGAUGUGAUGAUAUGACUAUGAGACAUGCCACACUGGUGUACUUCGAAUAGAGUUUUAUCAUCUGGGGUUCAUUAAGGUGCAGCUAAAUUUAAGUGCAUGGGUGUAAUUGCAUUUUGCCCCCAUUUAAAUCCACCAAUAAUGGGAACCCAUGACUUCCAACUUAGUAGUGCUAUACCUUAGCUUACUGAGCUACUGUUGUGCAUAAUUUGGAUUGCCAGUGUGUGAUGUAUUAUGUUUUAAUUGCAAGAAGACUUGUUACACUGUGGUCACUGAUGGCUGAAAUGUGUUACUCUACUCAUACAUACUAUACUGACAGUGCAAGCAGGUGAAGUACAUAGAAAGAAGUAAACGAUUCAAGAGGAAGUGAUUAAGUGGCUAGUUUCUUAUUGAACACAACCUAAUAAUCAAAUGGGUAUGAAAGCCAAGGAAAGCAUAGGGUGCACUUAUAAUUUGUAGUUAUCAAUUGAAGUUUAGUAAUUUUGAUGUUAAGGGAACUUAACUUAAGUAGGUGACAAAGAAACUACUUGCUGCUUGUGGGGAUCAAACCCCUUAUCAAAAAACGAGACUUCUGACUAACGAAUGAAGGGCGCUGUUAUAAACCACAAAUAUAUGAGAAAUGAACUAUGCAUAAAUUAACAAUGUGCCUAAGUCCUUAAAGCUGUGCAUGCUGUUAGUAUAAUACCAAUCAUCUAUAUUGACUUGCCCAAUUACCUACAGUUCUACUCUGCUUGUUCAUAGACAUAUCUGCAUGCCUUCUGUAAAAGUGUGUAAUUAUACUAUAUUUUGCAAAACUUUCAACAUCAUCAAGUUAUAGGAUGUAUAAAUAUAUCUUCCUUGCAUAUUUAAUAUAAUAUUCUUUAGCUGCAAUUGUGAGCAGUAAGUGAAGUGGCAGCAGCCUUUCCAUUGUUGCCUGCCAUGUACUAAAUGAGGUAUAUAUAGUUAUUUAAAUUGUUAUUUUAAAAAAAUGGCAGGGCGUUGUGGUAGUACAAAUGGGGCACUUUUGUUUUGCAGCCAUGUUUUGGCCAUAGUUAUAAAAAUAUUGAUGUUGUUGAUUGUAAGUGCAUUAAUGCUAUAUUCAUGGUUGUGUCUCCUUCUGUAAGUACACAAUCCAGUGUGUAAACAAUGUUAGUUGUUAGCACUGUGAAGUUUCUAUGGGUGUUUACUUCCUGAAAAGUUUUGAAAUUAUCAAAUCUUGCUGUUUGAGGUAUGUGACAUAUAAAAUGUUAAUGUGCAUUGUACUUUUCUCAUUUUCUGAAAUGUUAGGGGAAACUAGUGAGCUAUAUGUACCUAGAGGUGCCAACUAUCUUUUGAAAACUAGGUUUAUGUGGCUUUAGCUGCUUGUGUGGUUUAUUUCUUCAUGCUCUUUACUAUAGUGCCUAAAUAUUUAAUUCUACAUAUUGUAAAGAUCUUAGACCUGUACAAAAUGCCUAAUGUAUUGCUACAGUUGAAUACAGAAACUGCUUGUGAUCUGCAAUUUCAUUUCCAACACUCUCGGAAAUUCUAUAUGGGGUGUAGGAGUGCUUACCAAAGAACAUAUAUACACAUUAGUGCUUGGUGGCAACUGUUGAUGCUGAAUAGUAAAUGUUUUGGUGCCAUGCUUAUCAAGUUUACAGGCUAUCAGUCUGAUUUUCAGGCUGACAGCACUGCAUUUGUUCUGAUACUGUGAAUUGAUGAUUUUUGUUGGUACAUGUAACUGUUAUGCUCAUUUUCUUGCUGUCAAGAAAUGGAGAGGGCUACCGGCCGGGUAUUUGCUCUCACAGUUGUUAUUCUUGCCAUUUGUGGGCUGCAACUACAUUGCAAUAUGACGCUCAAGAACACUGCAGCUGAAGAUUGUUCCAAUGAAAUCUGUCCAUAAAACUGGGCCAUCUUUUCAUGACAUUGGCCCGAGUUUAUGCUGUUUGCUAAGUCCUUAAAUAUUCUGUGUCAUGGGUACAACCAGCUGUGGGUGCUACUGUUUGUGAUGGUGGUGACUGUGGCAUUUAAAGGUACUUAGUUUCCACCCUACUGGAAAGGACAUUUUUCAUUUGUGUCAUUUAGCAAAUUCUAUUGUGCUCUGAAAUUCUGUAAAUAACUUACCGUUAAAAGGAGAAAACUUUGUGUAACAUUGAAAACCGGUGUACUGUGAAAAAAAAAAAAGAGCCCAACAGAACCACCUGUUGAUGUAAAUUUUUCCUCUCUAUUAAAUGAGAAAUACAGCCUGUUCCUGCCAA